GAGAGUGAGAGAAGUUGUGUUUAUUGAAUACUGUGUACUUUUAUUUCCACUGGCCUAACAAGACUGCGCAUUUUGUAGAUGAGGAAAGUGGAGUCACAACAAAUACUUGCUGAACUCCUUGAGGUCACAGGCGUUGAAGUGGCUUUGAGCCACUCGCUCGGACCAUGCUUGUCUGCAGCCUCAGGUCCCAGAGCUCUCCCUCUCCAUCGGAGCCAGUUCUUGGCUCCUUCCUGCCCAGCGCCACAGGAGACUUGAAGAACGGCCCCAACGCCGCGCCGCUAGUUUGAGAGAUGCUCGAGUAAGCGUAAAUAGGACGGAAUCCAAUUGAACCAAGUUCCGGACCGAGACGCGCUGGUGCGCACGCGCGGGCACGCUCCUGGGCGGGGCCUCGACCGCUGGUCCCGCCCAGACGUCCGGCGUUUCCCCUCUCGCGGCGAGGCGGGGCAGCGUCGCACGGGAAAAACGCGGGCUAGAGGCUCUCUGCGGGCUACAGCGGCGGAAUGGCACGUUUUGGGGGCCUGGUCCUGCGACCCUGGAUUCGAGAGCUGGUUCUAGGGUCAGAGGCACUCUCAAGCCCUCGGGCGGGGCAGCUGCUCAAGGUACUGCUGGAGGCCAAGGCCCAGAGCCCGUCCGGUGUCCCUGAGCCGCCCGACACGGAGGCUAUGCUGCUUAUAUCCGACGGGACCCACAGUAUCCGAUGCCUAGUGACGGGUGAGGCCCUGAACGCCUCAGACUGGGAGGAGAAGGAGUUCGGCUUCAGAGGGACAGAAGGCCGGAUGCUGCUGCUGCGGGACUGCAAGGUCCGCGUCCAGGUCGCCGAGGGAGACACGCCUGCGGAGUUCUACCUCCAGGUGGACAGCUUCGCUCUGCUGCCCACGGAACAACCCCGGGAACAGGUGACUGGUUGCAACGAGGACCCAGAUGUGCGGAAAAAGCUCUAUGACUGCUUGGAGGAGCACCUUUCAGAGUCCACCUCCUCCAAUGCAGGUCUUUCACUGUCCCAGCUUCUGAAUGAGGUAGAGGUGGACCAGGAGCAUCAGAAGGCAUUAGUGCGCCUGGCUGAGAGCUGUCUGAUGCUGGCAGGUCCUGACACAGCAGCCCCCAUCACCCCCUGGGCUGCCUCUCGCUGCAGAACCACGGGAGAAGCUGUGUACACUGUCUCCAGCCUACGGCUGCACAUCUCUGAGAAUGACCAGCAAAUCCUGAGCUCUCUGGGCCCAAGUCAGAGGGCACAGGGCCCUGAGCGAUCCCCAUCACACCUGGCUCUGCAGGACCUGUCGCUGAGUCUGAUCUCCUCCCCUCCUUCUUCACCCAGUUCCUCAGGAACCCCUGCCUUACCCAGCCAGCUGCUGUCAAAGGAGAACAGUGCCAGCGUCAGCCUUCUGCCUCCUCUGCCCUUGGCUGCUCCAGACCCAGUGCAGAAGGGCAGCUCCCUGCCCCCCGGGUCCCCACAUCCCAGCUAUGUACCCAACACCCCACUCCUGAGCUGCACCCCAAGCCUGUCACGCCCUGGCCGUGCCCCCAGUGUACCCCAGGCCCAUGUAAGCAGGGCCCAGAAACCUAGCCUGGAAUUCAAAGAGCUUGGGUUACCCCCCAAGACCUGGCAGCAUUCUCCAAGGACAAGAACCACCGAGGGAGCCCUGGAGUCCAGCUGUGUCUGGGACCCCCCAGAGAGGCAUCGUGAUGGUUCUGCCUUCCAGUAUGAGUACAAGCCACCUUGCCCCUCCCUGUGUGCCCAGGUCCAGGCUGCCAGGCUCCCUCCCCAGCUCGUGGCCUGGGCCUUGCACUUUCUGAUGGAGCCACAGCCAGACUCUGAACUGACCCAGGUGUGAGGGCUCGUGGGAGGAUGUGUGCACAGGUCCAGGCCUGGGGGUGGAUAAACAGAGCUCCACACCAGCUUCCUUCGAGUUUUUUAAUAAAAUAAUCUCAUGCGGCAGAAAGGAAGAGGUCAGGGGUUGGGGCCGCCGCCUCUUUGGUUUGUGGCUGGGGAGGGUGGGCUGGAGGGCUCUGUAGACUGGGGGGGUAGAGGCUCGGCUUCAAGGCCAGAUCCUGCACAGAAAGAGGGAGAGAGGAAGGGUUAGGACUGAACCAAGGAGUCCUGCCGCCCUCCCAGCUGGCCCUGGCCCCCCUUACCUAUGCUUGGAGAUGGAGGCGCCUCAAGCUUUGGCCUGCGCUUGAGGACAGGGGAGCGCUGUAGCCUCAGGGGCCGUUCUGUGGGAUACAGACAGACCUGGGGAGGGAUGCUGAGGGCCGGCUGCCUGUCCUCACCGUCCCCGCUCCCAACACUUGCCUUUGGAGCCUCCGCCUUCCCCUCCCCUCCCACCCCCGGCAGUGGUGGCUCCUAGCCUUCUGGCUCCAAUUUUCUCAACCCCUCAGGACACUGGUGGCCCUUCAAGGACCAGAGCCACGAAGGGAGCCCUCUCCCCCCAUCUCCUUUUGUACUCCAGCCCACGGGGAGGCGUUCCCCCCUCACCAGCAGGGGCCUGGAGCUGGUCCUCAUGCACAGACACUGCUCGUCGCCCUGCCAAGCGGGGCUGCGGCCUCAGCCGGCCAUCUGGGGGAGGCCAGGGGGGUCAGGAUGUGGGCCUGACAGCCGCCCCUGCUCCAGCCCUUGCCUCCCACCUUCAGGGUCUGAGUUCCCAGAGGGGACUCCUCCAGUCCCUAGUCCAGUAUUGAGUGGAAGCUGGGGUAUUUGCUUACCUUCAUUCCUGGAGCCUAAGCAGGGAUCCUCUGGAAGGCCCAGGCUGUCUGGGGAGGGGCUGGAUCUUCGGGGGCUUGGGCUGGGACAUGGGGACGGGGGGCCCGGACCAUCCUGUCGGCCCCAACCACGGCUCCUGAGCUCGGCGUUCAGCUGCUGCCCCAGUGUCUUCCAGGUGGCAGACUCGGGCCCUUGGCUCCCUGACCCAGGUCUGCAUGAAGGGUCUGUGGGGAGAGGGGUGUCAGCCAAGACCUGGGUCAGGCAAUGGUCCAAUCCCCUGCAGCUCAUCUGUCCCCACAUGCUCCCCAGCACUGUGGCUCUCACUCACCAGCAGACACAGAGUGGGUGCGGGACUUGAUCGAGAUAGGAGGAGCCUCUGUGGAACUGUCCAUAAUGUCACCUGCAAUGGCAGGGUCAGGGGC